AUGUCCUCCAACGCGAGAGCGUCGCGGUCCGCGUCGCGUUACUCGAGCCCUGCGCACCCGCCGCACGCCACGGCCACCGGAGGUUUGAACGGGUCGCUCGAGGGCGGCUCCAAGGGGCCCGCGAACGAGGGCUCGAGGGCGUUCAUGGCCCGGUGGCUGGAGCCGUCGGUGCAGGCCAAGCCGAGCUUCGAGGAGGCGGGAUUGAUGCGGUACGGAGUGCUGGAGACUAUGGCCCCCCUGGGUGCCAUGCCCAAGCCCAAGAAGCCGGCGGGCGAGACGGGAGGCACCGUCGUCCGCAAAAUCAUUCUGCGCCCGUCAGGUUCCGCUGCCAACGCAUCCUCUUCUGCCACCAUCACUGCUGCCGCUGCCGCUGCCGCUGCCGCUCCCGCCACCACCGCUGCACAAGACGACCCCAAACCAGACUCGCAGCGGGCGCAGCAGCAAUCGCCGCCCACGUCUCCGCCCCCCCCGCCAGUUUCCCCCGUCCAAGUUGCACCCGCACCCUCACGCAGGAAGUCUCUGCCCACCGCCAAAGUUGUGGAAGCCGAGGACGACGACGACUACGACCCCAAGGGAGAAAAGGCACGCCGCAGGCGGUCCAAACGUGUUUCGAUGCCCGCGAGGAAAGCUCGACGAGGGUCCGUCAUCAUGGCCAAAACGGAAACCCCGGUACGGAGCACCCCCAAGAAGCGGCCUGCCCGCGUGGACCCCGAGGACAGGGCCUUCACCGACAAAGUUGUCGAGGCGGCGGUGGACGAGGCGCUGAAGCACUACCGGUAUCCUACGGCGUGGGCCCUGAGGACCCUCUACGACGAGCGGUGCGAUGAGGCCGAGUUUGUGGCCAUGGUGGAGGACGUUUUCAAGCAAACGGCCGACGCCGAGACGAUGCAGGAAUUUUCGCGCCUCCUGGAGGAGAAGAAGCGGGAGGGAAAGAGGGACAACCAGGGUUGCUACUACUUUGUGCCUCCCACCACCAACAGCCGGUUCACUCCGCACAAGCCAAAGCCUGCACCAUACGCAGGGCUCCUGCGCAACGGCGGCGACGACGACUCGGCUGCGGCAGAAACAACACCGGGCGCCGGCGAAGCGACAGCAGCGGCGACGCCAGGGGCAGGCGAGAGGCGGGCUGCCAAGAAGGCCAAAUUCUCGCACACCAGCGCGGACGCCGUCACAGGCACUGCUUCCGCCACGGCUCCAGCGACGACGCCGCGCAAAGCGGGCAGCGCCAGCAAGGUCGGCGCCGUGGUCAACGUGCGGACUCCGCGGUCCUCGCGCAGCAAGAGGCACGCCCGGCGGGAGUCGGGCUCGAGCAUCUCGUCGCUGUCGUCGGCCAUGAGCCUGUCGUCGCCCGAGAUAGGCGCGGCGAGCGUGCGAGGGGCGAUGGCGGCGACGGCAACUGCCAGGACCAAGAUCAAGAUUCCCAGGUCGACGACGGCGUCAGCGGCCACGGGCCCCAGGGCGGCCAGCGGCCAGCAGCGCCGCACAGGGCGGCACCGCGGCCGCGGCAACGACGGGGAUGAAGACGGCAACGGCAACAUCGCCACCACCAACGGCGACGACGACUACGACGUUAUCCAAAACAGCCCGUCGCUCAAACUCCGCAGGGGCGCUGCUGGAGGUGUCGCCGGCGCUGCCACCACGCCGGGGCCUGCUGGGCCCCAGUCCCAUCAUCAUGCGGAUGCGCCAAAAUCCCAGCCAAUCACCACCCGCGGCAAAACACUUGCCUCCAGCAAGCAGCACGCCGUGUCCAACGCAUCUGAAUCAAACUCUCCCACCCUUCCUCCUCAUCACCGUUCAUCGGGCCGCACUCGUUCUCAUCGCACGCCCGCGGUCGAUGAUGCCAGCACUAUGCCCGGCCGCCUCACCACGUCGUACGCAUCAGAGCUCUUCCCCAACCUGCCCGUCAAGGCCGCGUCCUCAUCGACCAAGGCGGCCCAGAACCCGGCCAAGGAUCCUAUGCACGGCGCCGAGGACGACGAUCCGUUCUGGGACAGGCGACGGGAUGCGCGCAGGGUCACCAACGGUUACGCGGCCCAGGAGAGCGCCGUGAGGGGGUCUCAGGAGGAGGCGGCCGUCGCGACGCCCGUCAGGACCACGCGCAAGACGCGACAGUCGCUCGCCGCCGCCGCCGCGCCGCCCAGCACUCGCGCGACGCGCUCCGCUAGCAAGCGCCCGGCCGAGGACGUUGUCGAGAGGACCGACUCUCCCGCGGCCUUUUCGUGGCAGGGCGAUGGCGGAUCUGUCCUCGGGUCUCGCGCUGCGACGCCCACGACGCUGCGCCCGGCUAAGAAGCAGCGGACUGGUUUGCGCGUCAAGUCAUCACCAGUCAAGAAGAAGGGAGGCACGGCUGCGGGCGUCCCCCGGUCGCUGGGCGAGGCCAACGCGACGCUCAACAACGGGGCGCCCAAGGACUCGACUUCGGACAAUGAUGAGUACUGCUCGGCGUGUGGCAACGCCGGCGACGUCGUCUGCUGCGACGGCUGCCCUCGCUCGUUCCACUUUGAGUGCGUCGACAUGGUGCCGUCCGAGGACCUGCCCGACGAGUGGUACUGCAACGAGUGCCUCAUCCGGCGCUUCCCGUCGCGCGUCCCCGUGCACAAGGGCAUCUUUGCCAGCGCCCUCAACAACCUCGAGAAGAGCAUUCCGCGCGCCUUUAGCCUGCCCAAGCGCGUGCAGAACCGCUUCGAGGGCGUCAAGGCCGGCGCCGACGGCGACUACGAAGACGUGGUCGUCAACAGGACGGCAAAGAAGCGGAACGGCUACGAUGAGCUGCCGGACUUCUUCAAGCAGCGCGAGGACGGCCAGGCCGUGCUGUGCCACGCCUGCCAAAAGCCCGCGACCGAGAUCCGGUCAAUCAUCCCCUGCAGUGCCUGUCCGCUCUACUGGCACAUUGACUGUCUGGACCCGCCGCUGGCUGUGCCCCCGGUGCUGAAGACGUGGCGCUGCCCGGCCCACGUCGACGAUAUCCUGAUCGAGGUGCCCAGCCUCGCACCGGCCCACCGCUUCCGCAAGGUCAAGGCCGCCCAAGCCAUUGCGCCCGCUCUCAGCCGUGGCCUCAAGAACAAUGGCCACAUUGAGAUCGAGUGGAGUGAAGAGGCUGACGAUGCCGACGAUUCGGGCUGGCCCGACGCGCAGUCCUUUGGCCGCACGUACAAGCUGCCCGCCAAGGGCGUCGUCCUCGACUUUAUCGAGCAGCUUCGACAUCAGGGUGCCGGAUACGGGUCCCGACGGAACGAGUCCAAGCGCGUGCCGUAUCCUUCUCCGCCGACACAGCGUGACUCGUCCUGCCCACUCCCCGGCUCUGCCCUCGAGCGCAAGGUUGAAGAGAUGCAGGUGUCCCUCAAUCUCAUUGGCCUUCAGCAGAAGCGAUCGGACGGCAUCAAUCAGCUGACGUCUGCUCUCCUUUCUGCUACCGACCAAAGUGUCCUGUCUCUGAUGGCCAAGGCCAAUGCCGACAACAUUGCCUCUGGCAACCUGACGGAUGACGACAAGCAGGGCCUGCGGGCCACGCUUGCGCAGAUGGAGGCGAUGAGCGCUCGCAUACGACAAGUCUUGGGCGACGACAAGCCGCUUCACGACAAUGCGGCCGGGGCUGCCGAUGCGCGCACUCCCGUGUCGGAGCCACCGGGCAUCCACGAAUCCUCGGAGAAGCUGGAGCAGCUCCCCCCCGUUACCGAACCCACUCCUCCGUCCACCAUCGAUCAUGCAGAAGGCUCCAUGGACCUCGACUAA